AUGGUGGUGACGGGUAAAUCAGACCCUGUUGAGGAGUCUUAUCUGAUCAAAGAUGGUGAAAGUACCUAUAGCAACUAUGAGUGUACAUCCCAGGAGUCAGAUGCCCGUGAGAUUGACCCUGUGAUUGACUCUUUAGACUUCCCCCUCAGGUUGAACGAAAGUGCGGAACAAGGAGACACAGAACAUGCUGAUGAUAUGCGCAGCUUGAAGCAAGAUUGGCUGCUGCACGAGGCUACAGUUUGGUAUAAAAGACCGACUGUGGCGAUGGCAUGUCUGACAAUAUUCUUAACGUCCUUCUCCGUGGGCUUAUCUACUCCUUCACAGAUUGGACUAUCCAUAGAAAUAAUAUGUCGAGAGGUUAACAAACAUGAAGCAAUGCCAUGCAACGUCCCUGCAGUUCAGACUAUGCUAUCUGAAUUGCAGAGCUCGACUCAAAUUAUUGGAGGAUUGUUCAUGGUUUUGGUGUCGGCUAGAAUCGGUAAAUUAUCCGAUAUUUACGGAAGAAAACCUAUUUUUGCCUUUAUCGUUUUGUUUGCAUUGAUUUCAAAGUCUCUAUUGUUAAUUUUUCUUAAUCCACAAAUCAUUGGUUCAUAUCACAAAGUAUGGCUGAUCAUUAUAAUGUCUUUGGAGAAUUUAGGAGGUGGUAUGAUAUCAUUGCUUGGAAUCGUCCACAGUUAUGUGGCUGAUAUUGUCCCUGUUCAUAAAAGAAUGUACAGCAUUGGUUUGGUUGCUGUUGGUUUGUACGUGGGUAUGUCGCUGGGACCCCUUUUGAACUCUGUCCUGUUUUCCUACUUCCACUCCAAUAUUCUCUCGUUGCAAGUAGCCUCUAUUCUGUUAUUUGUUGAGCUGUUACUCAUAUUGUUUUUCAUUCCAGAAUCCAGAUCUUCAAGAGCCAGGAACAAGAGUAGAACAGCUUCCGAAUCAUCCAGACAGAUGUUUUUGGAAUUGAACAGGUUAAACCAAGAGAGUCAAGCUCAACCACUAUACAAGAAACUAUUAUUGCAUUUAACUUCUUUCUUUCUUCCUCUCAAAGUUUUAUGGUUACCCAAAACACGGUAUAUUGAUCAUUCGGACCAUGAUAGAAUUAAGUCAACCUACAUUCCAAGGACAAAUGUUAUCAUUAUGGUCUUCAUGGACACUCUCAUGUUGUCUAUCCUUCUUGGAUUUGGUCAAGUUUCUGUGAUCUAUGCGACUUACGUUUUCAACUGGGAUUCUUCUGUGAUGGGUUACUUCAUCUCUGUCUCCAUGAUCAGUAAGACGUUAACCAUACUCGUACUUUCUGGCAUGAUUUUGAAGCUACUAGAGAAAUUCUUUAGCUUGGAUAAGAAAGGUGUCGACAAUAUUGAUCUGACGCUAAUGCGUAGCAGUUUUGUUUUUGAAUUGCUGGCGAUGAUUCUGAUUAUCAAUGCUUCAAAUUCUGCACAGUUUUUUAUCGCCACCUUACCAGCGGGCCUUGCUUCUCUAGCCUCUCCUGCUAUGCACACAGCAUUACUCAAGUAUGGUAACCCUAACGAGGUUGGCGAAUUAUUUGGAGGAAUUACGUUUUUCCGGAACCUCUUUAUUUUGAUCGUGCCACCACUGUUGCUGUAUGUUUAUUCCCAAACUGUUGCUUAUAAUCCAGCAAUUGCUUUGUACAUCUGUUUGUUCAUUAUUGGGAUGGUUGUGACAUCUUCACUUUUCUUAAGGAAGCUGGAUUUGAGAUCAUGUACUGUUAUUACGUAA